AAAUUAUUCAAUGAUUUGGCAAGUUGGAGUACAAGAAAGCUCUAUCACUUUCUUUUUAUCGAAAGUAAACAAUAAACUAAUUGUAAUUUAAUUAUAAACAGACUUUUAUACAAUUUAGUUACUAACCAAUGUGCCUAGAACGGUAAAAGACUUCAAGAAAACGGUGAACGCGGAAAACGUUCGCACAAUGUCGAACGCGUCGGUGAGUAUAAAGAUCAGGGCGGGGCUGACGUCUUCAGACCCUGAGCAGCAGCCAGUACUGAUAGUGGGGCAGGCGGCCCACCUCAGCGCCCUCAACUGGGACGAUGUGCGCUGUAAACUGGAACCUAGAGUUAGUGAAGAGGCCUGGCGCCGUGGUCUUCAAUGCGUGACUUCAUCCCCGGGCGACUCGUGCGAGCUCUGGCCGCGCGCAGUCUCUCUAGCAUCAUUACCAGCUCGACGCUCCCGUCACGCUGCACCAGCCAGAAACCAUGCUCUGGCUAAAAUCGUCCGGUCUACUCAACGGUCUACUGAUGAGACUAUUGUGUUGGUAUGCCGCAAACGCGACGCUCUACCGAGCGCAGUAAGUAUAGCGCGCUGCUACCCUUUAUUCCAAGCGCGUUCCGCCGCCUCCCCGCUCAGCGCAGCGCCGGCGCCACCUGCCGCGCGCUCCGUUGCCGUAGAAAUACAUCUGCUUAAGGAGGAUAAACCCGGUCAGUACUAUAGUAAAACUUAUGCCCGAAUACUGAAAGAUGGGGAAUCAGAGGACGAGGGUAUCGGUACUUUAGACCCCGCGUUAUGUGACAACACCCUGUCUGCUGAGGAGGUUCAGACCUUGCAGGAUGCAGCGGAUGCCACCAGGCUGGCUGCCAGGAUCACUGAUACUCCGGCCAAUAUUAUGAAUGUUGAUAAGUUUAUUGAGGAAGCAUUCAAAGUAGCAAAAGAACUGGAUAUCCUCGAACCAACAGUGAUUCGGGGAGAGGAACUGAAAGCUCGUGGGAUGGGAGGGAUCUACGGAGUGGGGAGGGCGGCGGCCUGUCCACCGGCACUCGUGACGCUGUCAUACAAUGCCCCCGGCGCUGCGGACACUGUGGCCUGGGUGGGCAAGGGCAUCGUCUACGACACCGGCGGCCUCAGUAUUAAGGCAAGGACUUCAAUGGUAGGUAUGAAGGGUGACUGCGGCGGGGCGGCGGCAGUACUGGGCGCGUUCGCCCUGGCGGUCAAGUCCAAACCAACCGUCAAUCUACACGCCGUGCUGUGUCUCGCUGAGAACUCUGUCGGCCCUCUUGCUACUAGACCAGAUGACAUCCACACCCUGUACUCGGGACGCACCGUAGAAAUCAACAAUACGGAUGCUGAAGGCAAGCGGGAGCAGUCACUCGAUGAUUUUCACCACUUAAAAAAAAAAAGCGUGGCCCUUGUAGCAAACCCUUCUUAUGUAAAGAAGAUUAAUAGUCUAGCAGUGAGCCAACAGGCUAUUGAUGAUGAUGAUGAUUAUGAAUGUCUAUUUACAGGUCGCUUGGUCCUCAGUGACGGUGUGGUUUACGCCUCUAGGAAUCUGAAGGCGGAUACCAUUGUGGAUAUCGCCACUCUUACUGGAGCACAGGGCACGGCGACGGGCAAGUACCACGCGGCCGUGGUGUCGAACAGCGCGCGGCUGGAGGCCGUGUGCGUGGCGGCCGGCCUGCGCUCCGGGGACCUCGCGCACCCGCUGCCCUUCGCGCCGGAGCUGCACUUCACAGAGUUCUCCAGCUGCGUCGCCGACAUGAAGAACAGCGUCGCGGACCGUAACAACGCUCAGCCAUCGUGCGCUGGUUUGUUCAUACUGUCCCACCUGGGCUUCGACUUCCCCGGAAACUGGCUACAUAUCGACAUGGCGUCGCCUGCGCACUGCGGCGAGCGCGCCACGGGGUACGGCGUGUCCCUGUUGUGCGUCCUGUUCGGCGCCCACACGCACUCCGCGCUACUGCGGGCACUCGCGCCCGACAGCGCGCUCUGAGACACGCGCCAGAUGGAAAUCAACACCUGAAACGCAGUUAAUAAAGAGGUAACAUUCAAAUUAAGCAUUUAAACUAAAAAAUCCAACUUCAAUAACUUUAAAAAGACCGGUUACAUUUGUAUUAUGGUCCUGAAUCAUCCAGUGUAAGUAUAUCAAAAAGACUACCUACCUCAUUGGUAUAACAUGCAUUAAGUUAUUACAAAAAACGCAAUAAGAAAAAAAAUUCCCGCUUUUUUUUCAAAUGUCAAACUCAAAUGAACCAUAGACAACAAGCACAGAUAAUAUCAAAGAAAAAUAGACGUUUUCAAUAUAUAUUUUUUUUAGUUUGAAUAAGUACCUUUUUUUAAUUAGUGUAAGUAAAAGAGGUAGGUUUAAAAGCAACUGCCGUCUUCAAGGAAUAAUUAUGAAUCUUAAAAUAAUUAUUAUUAUGGCUAUCAAUUAGUUAAUGCGGUUUUUAAAUGAUUUUUAUAUAUUUGUAUUUAAAUUGUAAGAUUGUUGUAAGCAUAGAUAUGGCAUAAGCUGUAGUUAGGUCAUUUGUUUAAGUACCAUCUCAUAGGCCUUGAAUAAAAUCUACCUAGGUACCUAUUUCGCUUGA